UCUAUUUACAUAUUUUUCUUAAAAGAAAAGAGAAAUUUAUAAAUAUUAAGUUUUUAUCUAAUAAUACUUAAUACAAAUCGUUUUAUUUCUUAUUUGGGCAUGAAUGUAGUAAUUUGAAGGAAACUAUUUCUUGUUUUGCAAAAUGUAUUCAGAAUGGGUAUCACUUUCAUCUACAUUGCAAUCGAAUGCGUCAGGAGCUCAAUCUCAAAGUGUUUUGAAUAAAUUUCCAGCUUCUGCCGGAAAAGAAGUUGCUGUUAAUGUUGUUCGACAGUUGGCAUCGAAUUUGGGAAUAACACAGAAUGCAGAACCAAGUCAUUUGGUUAAAGAUGAAGAGGUUUUAUGGUGUAUGGAUGUUAUUUGUUAUGGAUUAUCACUUCCUCUACAAGAGCAUGAGACAAUUAAAGACUGUGUAAAUGUUUAUUGCGAAUGGAUGACAGCUUUACAUCCAAACCCAAAAAUAUGUGUUCCAAAACCUAUUAUAGAAGAUCCCAAUAUGUAUUGCAGGAAAAUUAUAAACCAUUUUCAUAAUUUAUUUGUACCUCGUCAUGGAGAAAUCUUUACUUUUUUGUAUUUGGAUUAUGGUACAGAUGUUAUCAAUCGCCAAACUGUGCUAUGUCAUAGAGUUCUAAGAACUUUACAGCAAACUGCACAAAUAUCUCAAAUAAUUGAAAGAGAAACUUGGGAAGUUUUACUUUUAUUUUUGUUAGCUAUUAAUGAUAUUCUUUUGGCACCUCCUACUGUAAAAGACGAUGUAGGAGAUCAACUGUGUGAACGUGUUUUAAGUGUUUUGUUUGAAGUAUGGCUCUUAGCUUGUGUGCGUUGCUUUCCAUCACCCUCUUUGUGGAAAACAUUGCAAGAAACUUGUUGUAACUGGCGACAUAGGAUAACACUGGUCGAGCAAUGGAACCGGGUUAAUUUGAUAUUAACUGCACGGUUACUUGAAUUUUCAUAUGGAAGUUCUUUUCCAGAAUUAAAAGUUUUGGAAGAAGAUGCUCAGUUGAUUCCAGCUGGAAUGACAAAUGAUUGUAUAGCACAAACUUGGUAUAGGUUUCUUCGAAUUAUUGGUAGUCCAGUUGCAUUAUGCUCCCCGCAUCUUAUUAGCAAAACGCAACAUUUUGUUCAGUGGUCAUUAAUGAGGAACAAUGGAAACAAUAUUGAACCGUACCACCAUCCGUGUUUACUAUUACUACCACAAAUAUUUUUAAAAGCGAUCAAAGGAAUAUCCAGUCAAGUUGACGCUUUUCUCGGAAUAUAUCAAUCACAACAGCACGGGGAUGAGUCGACGUUAGAAUUGCGUGCUACAAGUGAAUCUAGUGGUAGUCAUAUUACAUCUAGUGGUAGUAGUCAUUUUUACUUUAGAGAUAAUUACUCUUUUUUUAAUUCAAUUGGUGGUGGUAGUGGAGGCAGUCAUACUGCCUCUUCAAGUAGUACUAAUGCUAUAGGUGGAAGUGGAGGAAUAUUAAAUAGUUUUCAUUUCUCUGCAUUUGCUGGAGCAGCAUCGGCAAUUACAGGUCACCAUAGUAAUGGAACUCCUAUAACAACAACAGCAGCUUUAUCUAGUGGUCAUAGCAUAUUUGAUCACAAUACACCACAUUCACCAACACCUCCUUUACAAAGAAGGUUGGCGAAAAGUUUUAGUGUAGCGCCAUCAACAUCUCAGCAAAAGGGUUUGAGUAAGGCUGCUUUAAUUGGAUUAACAACAUCGCGUUCAUCUGUUCAUCCACCAUUAACACCCAAUUCUGGUCCACCUUCUUCGAGCAGUAUCUCAUCAAUACCAACAAUACUUGGAGAAAUAAGGGCACCUUUAGCUAAUUCCAGACCAAAAUGUAAUAGUAUUCUACAUUUAUUUGGUGAAUGGUUAUUUGAAGCGGCUCAUAUUGGUAGUGAUGCAUGGAUUCAGAACACUAAAAGACAAGCAACAGAAGCAAGCAGAAGACCGUCAUCAAUGAUAAUGGAAAAUAGAAAAGGCAGUAUAUCAUUAUCACAACCAAAUUCUUUAAUAGAUUAUACAAAAUUACCAUCUGAUUUGACAAUUGAUAAAUACGAAUCAGGUCGAGCUGAGGCUAUAGGAGCAUUAUGUAGAAUAUUUUGUGCCAAGAAAACGGGUGAAGAAAUACUACCAGUGUAUUUAGCUAGAUUUUACAUGGGCUUACAACAAUGCCUUAAAGUUACAGAAUCAAAAGAAUUUGAUGAAACAUUAGCAAGUAUUUUAAUAAAUUCAUCAGAUAUAUUUAGAUUAGAUUUAGAUGGAAUACAGGUAUUAUUACCUGGUUUUAUAUCUGCAUUAGAAUUAAUAUUACCAGAAAAAAAUUUAAAAAUUAAAUCGCAAUUAAUGCAAGUAAAUAAAACAGAAUUAAGACGAGCUUCAAUCAAUAUAUUAUUGUCAAUAUUAACAUUACCAUUACAUUUCCAAACACUUCCAAUUCGUGAUUUAAGUAACGGACCAAUGGAUAGAAUGAUAACUUUCGCACAAUUAAAGCCGCGUAUGAUAAAUAUUUUAAUGAAUGCUUUACAAGUUGAAACUGAUGCUCAAAAUAACCAUAUGUUGCUAGGUGGUUUAUUGUUGACUGUACAAGAUGCAGUUGCAUAUGAAGAAAGUGAAAUGGGAAGCAAUGAAUCAAUGCAAACACCAUCUUCACCACAGGUUCCAGAAACGAAUUUGUUAAGUUCAGCUUGCUCAGAAGGCGGUUCAUCUAUUGCAAGCGCAAGUAACUCUAGUUUAGGAAUGCAAAGUACUGUUACACUUGGCGCUAGCAUCGGUGCAGGACGAAGAGAUAGCUCAUCUCAUCAUGAUUGUCCAAGUUUAUCAAUAUCUGAUGAUAUACCAGCUGAUUUAUUACAUGAUUUUGAAGUUGCUUCACUUUAUGCAGAUAAUGCUCAUGCAUUGUUUGUUCGGGCGACUUAUUUGGUUUGUCAUCGUUUGAUUUCGUCGUGGAAAACCGAUUUGAAUGUUUCCUUAGCAGCUUUGGAAUUACUUACGGGACUUGCACGCUUACAUAUAAGAGAUUCAGCCAAGAAAUUUGCUGAUGCAUUAGAAUGUAAACGUGCGGUAAAAUGGAUCUGUGAUUAUAUUUGCUAUCAAUGUUCUAGGCCACCUCCAGCUCAUAGUAAAGAUUUGCAUAGUACAAUAGUGGCUGCCUUCCAAUGUACAUCUGCAUGGUUAAUGCAGCAUCCGUAUCUAUUACAAGACAAGGAUUGCCUUAAUAUUGUUCUUGAGGUUGUUGAGUUAGGUAUUUCAGGAUCAAAAAGCAUUGGAAAAAUGGGUGAUACUCCUAAAUUUAAGGAUGAAAAGGAAUUGAAACCUGUUUCAAUGAGGGUUCGAGAUGCGGCUGAAAAUUUAUUAACCAUAAUCUUAGAACAAGUUGGCUAUUUUCCAAGCGAGUGUGGGCCUGAAUCCGUAUCUUCCCUUCUAGAUGAAACUGCGUUAGUAAAACAUUGCAAUUCAGUUACUACUACAGACGUAACUUUAGAGAUGGCAGUUCAAAAGUUUAAAUAUUUUGUUACUGAGAAUUCUACAAUUUUAGCUCUUCUUGAAGAGCCGUUAGGUAACGACCAAGAUCCUCAACCCACAGUAACACUAUUGAUACGUGGUCCUUUCGGUCGCCAUGCUUGGACAAUGCAGUUACGCCAUCUACCAAGAAGUAAGUCUGGUACAAAAUACCAUGCUGUUAAUCCAGGUCGUCCAAUUCCAAUGAAUGAUCAGCCGCAAUGCUUGCAAUUAGAUCAACGUUUUUUUCCAGAAAUUGUUGAUAAAAUCGCACCUUGUGUUGCUGAUUAUUCAAUACCUACAUUGGAUCAAAUAAGAGACGAAUAUGGAAGUGAACAAAUUAAACGUCUUGAGCAAAUGCUUGAAAAUCAAUAUGUUUUUGAAAAAUUAGCGUGGGCAGAGACGGAUAAUUCUUUGGACGGAUUAAGCCAUGCUCAUGAAGCGGUACCACCUAAUAUUUGUCAUGAAUUUCAAGCAGCUAGAUUGUUUUUAUCACAUUUCGGCUUUUUAUCAUUUGAUGAUAGUAAUAAGAAAGAAAGUGAGCUUGUAACAUCAACUAAUAGGUUGUUAACAGCAUUAGAUACAAAAAAACAAAAUUUUUGUUAUGACUUGGAUUUAUUGGAUAAAUUAAGCCCCAGAACUUACGAUACAGUUCAUGUAUUUUAUGUUAAAAAUGGUCAAUCAAAUUGCCAAGAAAUCAUUGGCAAUAUGAAUGACGACAAUAUCCGAAUGAUUGAUCCACAUUUUUGGAAUAUGUUACAAACAUUGGGUUGGCCAGUCGAAAUUGAUGAGCAUUCGGGAUGGACUGGUUUUGUUUGGAAUAGUUGGGCUUUGAAAAGUGCAACAAAAUCAGGACAAAACGAUCAUUCAAAACGGAGUGGUGCCUCAGGUUUAUUUGAUAUGAGAUUUAAUGGAGAAUCCAGGGUAUUAUAUUGGGCUGAUGUCAGUUCAGAAAUAGCGUUUGUUGUACCCACAGAGUGGAAUGGGCGCCAAGAAAAUACUGAUGGUAAUUGUUCUUCAUGGAAUUCGAGUGUUGGAAAUGAAAGUAUCAAUUCAAGUGCGCAAUCAAACUCAAGUGUUUGGUAUGAUAAUAAAUCUGAUUCUUCAUCAACUUCCGAGCAAUCUUUGAAGCCUUCUGCAAAUCAAAAACCAAGAACAUUAUCAUUAGAUAUUGAUAAAGCGAAAGAGCCUAUUCCACCAGCUAGAAAGCGAACUGGUGUUUUAAAAUCAACAAUUCAAGCCCAAAGUUCAGCAAAAAUAUUUUUAGUUUGGUUGGAAAGUUUUGAAGAUCAUAUUAAUUUUCCUAUUGAUGGUUUACUACCUUAUACUAGAACAGGUGAAGAAUCUCAAACCGGGCAAAUAAUUCGUUCAAGUGAUUGUCAUAUAAUAUUUUUACAUGCAUUACAAUCUGGUUUGCUUCGAGUGAAAUUGCAAGGUCCAGUUGGAAGAAUGAGUUUCGCAACACCAUUAGUAGAUGGUAUGGUAUUAAGUCGGCGCGUUGUCGGAAAUUUAGUUAGACAAACUGCAUUUAAUAUGUCAAAACGAAGACGUUUAGAUAAUGAUUCUUAUCAGCCUCCACAUGUAAGAAGACGCUUAAAAGUUCAAGAUAUUGUCCAGAAAUAUAAAAUCGAAUUGACUGAACCGGAAUUGUUGGCGCAUUUAUUUGCAAAUUCUUAGAUGUUUAAUUUAAUGUUGUAUUAUUUUAAAGUAUUCCUUUUAUAACAUAUAAUUUAAAUUAUAUACACACUUACUUAUAUUAUUACAUAUAUUUAUAUUUACAUUAUUUUUUAGAAUACUGUAAGUAAUAAAAUAUUAAGUU